AUGUAUCACAUGGAUACUCAGUUCAUGCAAUUCUCGCACCAGUUCCAGGACUUUUGGAAUCAACGAUCCCGAGAAAUCGUUCUUCAUCGUCUGGAACAUACAUCCCUCUUGAACGACCUUGCCGCCGAGCAGACUCAAAAUAUGCAUGACCAUCUGGUUCAAUUCAUCAACGAAGUCAGUAUUGAUAUCACUAACUCGUUCCAGCACCAUGUUGCUGGUGCCAACCAGGGGCACGGAACAACGGAAGCACCCCAUCCGUUGGUUGCCGAAGGAUCUCUAAAUCUGUUUGCAAACGAUAACCAAGCGCAUUAUACAGAUGCGCAAGGUCCGUUGUCCUUGUCUUCGAAUCCCGCAGUCGCCCCUCCACACCCUGGCGAAUCCCUGGCGGAGUUGUUCGAGUUCAUGCGCACUCAAGGCAGUGAUAUGGCAUGGGCGCCUCCCAUGAUCGAUUUUGCAGGCUUUGAUUCUCAGCAACUGAACCCAGAUGACGGGAAUAGCGAGCAUGGAAAUCAUGGCGUUGUGGGAGAUAGUACCGCGGAGCCAUCUGAGUCAACAGGAUUCCCAUCUGAGCAGAUUGCCUCCGAUCCCGGCCCAGAGGAUGAUUGGGACCUCGUGGCGCGCUAUAGAUAG